AGGUAGGGUUUCGCCAGAGACCCCGGAAGCGACGGCUUCUCGUCUUUGCUAAGGCUUCUGGUUUUUGCUACGGUUUCUGAUUUCGGCUUUGGGAUGGGUUGCGACGGAGGCACCAUCCCCAAGAGGCACGAGCUGGUGAAGGGGCCGAAGAAGGUCGAGAAGGUUGACAAAGACGCUGAACUGGUAGCCCAAUGGAACUACUGUACCCUAAGUCAGGAAAUCCUGAGGCGCCCAAUAGUUGCCUGUGAGCUUGGCAGACUGUAUAACAAAGACGCGGUCAUCGAGUUUCUGUUGGACAAAUCUGCUGAGAAGGCCCUGGGGAAGGCGGCAUCGCACAUCAGAAGCAUCAAGAAUGUGACAGAGCUCAGGCUUUCUGACAACCCCGCCUGGGAAGGAGAUAAAGGGAACACCAAGGGCGACAAGCAUGAUGACCUCCAGAGAGCGCGGUUCAUCUGCCCUGUGGUGGGCCUGGAGAUGAAUGGCCGGCACAGGUUUUGCUUCCUCCGAUGCUGCGGUUGUGUGUUUUCUGAACGCGCCUUGAAGGAGAUAAAAGCUGAAGUGUGUCACACGUGUGGGGCUGCCUUCCAGGAGGAGGACAUCAUUGUGCUCAAUGGCACCAAGGAGGAUGUGGAGAUGCUGAAGAAGAGGAUGGAGGAGAGGAGGCUGAGGGCCAAGCUGGAAAAGAAAACAAAGAAACCGAAGACAGCGACCGAGUGUGCGUCAAAGCCGGGUACCACACAAGAUUCCGCAGGGCCAUCAAAAGUGAAGUCUGGCAAGCCUGAGGAGGCGGACCCUGAUCCUAGAGAGAAGAAAAGCACCCCGGCUCCCAGGGGCGCAGCAACUAAUGGGAGUGCGUCUGGGAAAGUUGGCAAGCCCCCAUGUGGGGCCCUGAAGAGGUCCAUUGCAGACAGCGAGGAGUCUGAAACCUACAAGUCUAUCUUCACCAGCCACAGCUCUGCCAAGCGCUCCAAGGAGGAGUCUGCGCACUGGGUCACCCACACAUCCUACUGCUUCUGAAGCGGGACCGGGCCUUCACCCUGGGUUUCCCGUGGCCUUCUGUGCCACACUUGCUUGGUGUGGCACUGUGCUAUAAAGCUGUCCUCUGCAGUCCUCAGCCAGCGUGGUCACUUGCUGUGAGAUCUUGAGGGCCCUGGGAGUGAGAAGUGGUGUGUGACCUCCCUAGUAGCAGGUCCACAGGCCGUACCUCUCACCUAGCCUGGUGACUGCUGCUUCUAUUAGGUAACAAAAGACUCCAGCUCUCGGUGUACACUCAGCUCAUAAUGGUCAAGGAGGGAGUGGCCCCGAGCUUAGGGACAGACUUCCAACAGUCUUAGACCUUGCUCCUCACAGGGUUCUUCUUGCCUGAUCAAGGACUGCAGAGAGGACGCAUGCCUGACUGCCUGGUGCACACUAACAUCCUUUCUCUGUCUUCCUUCUCUCUCCCUCCGCUAUCUUGGUAAGAGAAUGGCAGCCAUCCAGGUGCCGGUGGCAGGCAGGAAUGACUCCUUUUCCAUCCCCACAGUUAAAAUUGGGACCUCUGUGACACUUCAUGUGGUGUGAUAGAUCUGCCUCUGGGCUGGGCAGAUGGCUCACUCAGUGGAUAAAGCACUCGCCAUGGACACUUGUGGACCAGAGUUUAGAUCCCCAGAACCUUUAUCAAAGCCCGGUGAGUGCAGUAGCUGCCUGUGAUCCCAGCCCCUGUAAGGCAGGGUUCCCUCAGCAAGGCACUGAGUUCAGGGUUCGAGGAGAACCUGCCUCAGACACUAGCUGGAGUGCAGUUGAGAGAUUCCCAGUGUCAGCCUCUGGCCUCCACACUUAAAGUCCCUGUUCCCAAACCAAACAUGGUGGCAUGUCUAAUCCAAGCAGUCAGAAGACUGAGGCAGGAGGAUCGCCGAGAUGUCAGAGCUGGCAAGGUUAAAUAGCAAACCCUCACCUCAGGAAACAACCCCAGAAAAGCCCCUGUUCCUGCUGCCCUCUGGUUUGCUGCUUGCAGGCGAUGAGGCUUGGCCUCAAAUACACUUGCAUUUAUUCUGGGACAGUGCUGGGAGCAUGGUAGGAGUGUGCAGCAGGGUGGGAGUGAGCAUGGUCCAAGGGACCCUGGGCGCAUGACCUUUGUACUUAGAAAAUUGAAAUAAAGGUUGU